AUGCUGCACGCGCUACCGUACACCCAGAGCGCGUUCAAUUGGCUGUUUUAUGCGUUUUUAAACAGGAACCUUCGGAAUUCUGGCCGUACUGCCAAUGGAGUCAGAAGUACAGCGAGCACAUUAAUAGCAGAUGGUAACAGCAAUGGCAGUGCGAAUGGAGCGCCGCUAUGGAAGAACAUCCAACAGAUGGGCAGCCACCUAAAAGCCGCAGGGCUUGACACUGGAAAUUUGCUGCUGAAGAAUUCGCCCUUCAGGACGAGGGUAAAGCGACCGUUUAGGAGCGCCACCUACCUCGAGAAGCCGACCACUCUACUCGCCGUCGACGAGGUCGAGACCCCGAUCGACGCCUCCCUCCUCGAGUCCGAGACCCUCCGCCUCGUCAAGGAUUUUGAGAACGAGGUCGACAAGUUCAGCGACUCGGACUCGAAGGAGCAAGAGCAUCCGGAACCACGACGAAAGCUGAAGACUGAUGAGACCGAUGCGCUUACGGAAGUGCCGUUUGUGAUACAACCAACUGACGCGGACCCGGUUUUGAAUGACGAGAGUCCAUUGGUGACCCCAACGGUUGAAUAUGAGGAGAAGAGGUUCGACAUGGACUUGACAAGAAAGCCCAAGGUCCCGAUUGUCGUAGACGAGGCGGAGACUAAGGUUCCAGAGGUUGCACCUUCAGCAGUACCUACAACAGUGGUUGGUGCACCGGAU